GACUACAGAAAGCAGAGAAAAUGGAGGGCGGAAAAUUUUCUCUAUAUUUGAUAUUUAUGGCAUGGACAUUUGGUAUGUCUACUAUCUCAAAAUCUAGCCAGGCUACGCCCAUUCUCAUUAAUUUUGGGGACUCAAAUUCUGACACAGGAGGAGUACUUGCUGGCACCGGACUUCCCAUCGGCCUUCCUCAUGGCAUUACAUUUUUUCAGAGAGGCACAGGCCGUUUAGGUGAUAGGCGGCUUGUGAUUGACUUUUUCUGUGAGCACUUAAACUUAAGUUACUUGAGCCCAUAUUUGGACUCAUUGGCUCCAAAUUUCAGUGGUGGGGUAAACUUCGCAGUAAGUGGAGCGACCACUCUUCCACAAUUUGUCCCGUUUGCACUAGAUGUUCAAGUUCGCCAAUUCAUUCGCUUCAAAAAACGCUCACUUGAACUCCUUUCAAUUGGUGAAUCAGGUAACUUCAUCAAUGAAGAGGGGUUCUGUAAUGCACUUUACAUGAUUGACAUUGGACAGAAUGAUCUCUUGAUCGCCUUAUAUGCAUCAAACUUAACCUAUGGGCCAGUUGCUGACAAAAUCCCUUCUUUUCUUGCUGAAAUCAAGUUAGCUAUCCAGAACAUAUAUUUAAAUGGUGGCAGAAACUUUUGGAUACACAACACUGGUCCAUUGGGGUGUGCACCCAAAGAACUUGCAUUACAUCCGCAUAAUAACAGUGACCUUGAUGGCAUUGGAUGCCUUGGCGUUCAUAACCAUGUUGCCAAAGCCUUUAAUAAAGGACUACUUAAUAUCUGUAAAGAAAUGAGAUCAGUUCUUAAGGAUGCCACUGUCUUCUAUGUAGACAUAUACAAGAUCAAGUACAACCUGUUUGCUAAGUACAAAAAAUAUGGUUUUGAGAAUCCAUUUAUGGCUUGUUGCGGAUAUGGCGGGCCUCCGAAUAAUUACAAUGUAAAAGCAACGUGCGGCCAGCCUGGUUACAACAUUUGCGGAAAUGUAUCGAGUUCCAUUAUUUGGGAUGGAGUUCACUACACUGAAGCUUCCGAUCGUAUUGUUGCUUCGAGUAUUUUAUCUGGUCAAUAUUCUACGCCUCGAGUAAAGCUUGAGAAUUUCUGGGAGACCUGAUAUUGAAGAGCAGCAAUACAGGCUAGAAAUAUUGUGGUGAAAGAAAAUAUAUUUAUCAACCAUUAUAUUCACUAUAUAUAUGAGAAGAAAGAAUUUUAUUAUAUGAUGAUCAGGUUCUU